UAAGGCUUUGGUCUUCUGGUGUGUAAGGAAAACGGUUCUGAUUAAAGGUUCUGACUUCAACUAUGCAGGCAGUCAUUUGAUCAGCAGCAGCUUAAACAGAUUUCACUUUAAUCCAUUUAAUGUUUCUUUCAGCUCAGAUCUGUAAACCUAGAAGAACAGGGUUACUUCCGUUCCUUUUACCAGCUUUACUUGUUUAAAUGGAGGCACAAAGCUGCUAUCUCCAAGCACAUUAACUGGCUAUUGAAUUUGCUCCAUUAAUCCUUCCCACUCACGUCAUGGAAGCCGUUUCAAAGCUCCUUUUCAGAUGAAAACUAACCUCCAGAAAGCCUGAGGGGGGGCAUCCACCAAAUACACAACAAUAUGACACAGAGGAGUAAAUAUAGCAACAAGACGGAACAUUUAAGACAUAGCAGCACAGAGGAACUCAUCUCAGAUUUGUUGAUGCUCGAUACUGACGCAAACAUCAUUUAGGACUUGUUUGUUAUGUUCUUCUGCCUUAAUUUUCAUUUAGCUUCAGUGUCGACAGUUUAAUCAGAGGCAUUGAUACGGACGUUACCAUGCACUGUGUGAGCAGAAGAGGCAGCUACCUGGUGAACUCCUACUGUGAUCUUCAGGAGGACAAUCUGUGGAAGAAGGAGAGCUACAUCUCCUGCUGGCUGAAUGUGGUUCUGGAAACGAGACCUCAGUACAGGUUGACCCUGUCAGAGACCGACAGAGUUCGCAGAGAUUAUAAGCAGCAGCAGUUGGUCCAUCUAAUGGUUGAGAGGAGCCCCAACCAGACACUGAAGCUGGGCAGGGAGAGGGGAGUCAUGACAGAGUUCCAGCUGCCGCUCUCCACCUGCACAGUGCUGCCCGCCAGGAGAGAUAUUACAGCAGGCAAAGAGGAAACCUCGGCCAAAACUCAGGACCUGUGCAAGCCGGUCAGAGGGAACUUCAGAGCCUCGGGUCUGAUGUCCUCUCCAAGAGAAGUCUCUCAUCGAGUACCAAGGAGGGAGUAAUGAGAUUAAAACUGCAGCUCUGCAAAUAAACUCUAAACUGUCUGACCUACACUGUAAUUUUCAGAGAACUGGACUAAUAAUAAUAGGCAACAAGAUCUGCCUAGUUUAUAUCUAUAAUAACAUUACUAUUCAAAAAUGCAAUAAUCUUGCAAACUAUGAUUUAUACUGGUAAAAUAAAACUAUAACAAAA